GAAUAGAGAGUAGUGCGGGUUUGAGAGUAGAAUAAAAAGUAACCUCUCCAACAGCUAUUCAUUGGGUGCUUUGUCCCCUUUGUUGAAUAAAAAUAAUAAAAUUACAAUAAUAUUAAUAAUAGUCUAUAGCAUAAAAAGGGAAGCAAAGGCAGAGUUGAUUUCGAAAAACCUUAACCAACGGCGGAGAUUCCCUCAUAUCUUGCUCUUUCCAGUUUUCACUCCUUGAUUAUCAUUUAUCAUUUAUCAUUUAUCAUAUAUCAUUGAUCAUUUAUCCCUCACUCCCUAACCUUGUACUCCUCCAUCCCAUAUAUUAAAUUAUCAAUUAUCAAAUCUAGUUGAAUAUAUAAGAUGAUGUUGGGUAAGAGGCCGCGUCGCCACCCUAUGAAGAGGACUACCAGCAUGACGGAGUUCUCUUUUGAUGAUCUCUCCGUCGUCCAUCCUCCACCGUCGUCUGGUGAUUCAGGUAGUAAUAGUCCAUCAUGUGAUGAUCGAGAUCGAGAUCGAGAUCGUCAUCAUCAGAUGAUGAUGGGCUUUGUUUCUCCUAGACCUCAUCUCAAUAGACGUAACUCUGCUGAUUUCGCCCUCCGCCCUGACUCCUCCGUUAACAACACCUUCCUUAGAACUUGCUGCCUUUGUACCCGCCGUCUCGCUCCCGCCCGUGAUAUCUACAUGUAUAGAGGAGAUAGUGCAUUUUGCAGUCUAGAGUGCCGGGAGCAGCAAAUGACACAAGAUGAGUGGAAGGAGAAAUGCACUACUAAAGAAUCCAAUUCUUCUUCUCACUCCACACCAGUUGUCUCUUCUACCAAAUCCGAGAAAAUCGCUGCGUUGUAGGGGCAACUUGCCGUUAAACGACAAGUUUUACUUACCCUUUAUUUCUUUCCUUUUUUUAUGAAUAUAUAAAAAAAUAUAAAAAUUAUAAGGAAAGCUUGCUUCAUGUUAUCGGGAAAUAAAUAACAAAGUGCCUAGAUCAACUGAUAAGAGAAUUGUUCUACUUAAAUCAUUGUCUCUCAUUUGACAUAUGAAAAUGCAACAAUAUUUGUUGGAAUAACUCCCCUUCCUUCCGAUUUGGGGCUCACUCGACUUGAAUACAGAUUAGACAAAGUCUAUUAAGCUACGAAUUACUGUACUAGGUAAGUGGGUGCGCUUGCUUAAAACAAUUAUUUGGGGAGUUGGGGGACAAUUGUAGAAUUUCGGCUACGGUGUCUAAAAUGUGUCCAUAGUUUAGUACCUCAUCAAUGUAUUUGUAAUGCAAGGUUGUGAUGAUUUACGAAUUACGAGCUCAUCUUAUGAGGCAAGGUUUUGGAAAUACUUGUAGGUUUGGGUUUUCUAUUUGUAUAUUAUUCUCAACUUUUCCGUAAAUUAUUGAUGUAGUUUCCUUUUUUGGA